AACUUCAGCGACCUCACGUCCGCUCUGUCACCUCCACACAACCGAGCUCAGCCACAGGGAGACUCCAGCCAUUAUCCUAAGUGCUUUCCUCAUAGGGGAGGCAGGGCUGCUGGAGACAAGCCCAUCGGGGGGGUGUAGGUCCAUAGUCUAUGGUAUGGCUGACGUAUAGAUACAGACCAGCGUGGCCGUUCACGUUUACCCCGGGCCCCGCUUCAUGAAUAUUUCAUCAGGAUGGAGCCGCUUCCCCGGCGCCCUUCUUGCACGUCUUGGAGCUUCUCCAGCCUCCUGAGGGGCGCGCUUGUUUGGAUGCGGAGGCACAAAGAGCAGCUGACACAUGACUUCAGGCCCGCGGCUCUCCCUGGCACCCCUCCGCCGGCUGGCUGACCUUGACACCGCCCUCCAAGGUUCCCAGCAGGGUUCUGCGAGCGCCCCGCAUUACUCAGCUACACAGCAUAUCAGGGCGAUAAGGGAGCGAGAUGCUUAAUUGUAGUGGUGCAGUGUCCCUGUUAAACAACGCUUUCCACACGAGGUCAGCAGAGCAGUUUUGCCGAUUGGCCACUUUUCAGAAAGAAUCAGAACAAAAUAGAAAAUGAAUAUUGUAGUGGUGCAUGUGCAGGUAUUGUUCUCAUUUGCAGAUGUGACCAGCUGCUGGUGCAGUGAGGAGCUCUAUGUUGAACCCAUCGAUCAAUCUACCACUGACCACGUCACCGAGACGGCGUCCAGCAGGGGGCGCCCCUCGCUUGGCUUACAUCACAGGUCUGCCCUGGCAGCCGCCAAGCCACCGGAAACACGGACGCGGACCUGGUUUUAACAAAAUAAAGGUCGCACAAGCCGUUUUAAAGAAAUUGGAGAUUAGCAUCUUAUGUCGAGAUCGGAGUUUGCGGCACAGUGAGUCUUUGGUAAAUAAAACAGUUAAUAGGAAGGACAAACGCUUUACUGUUCCCAUUUUAUUUUUUAUUAUUGAUGCACUGUUUAUUUUUUUAAUAUUAUCUGCUACUUUUUUAAAAAUGUGUCCUGCUAGUGUCAGACACAUUUUUCUAUAAUUUAACUGCGUAUGAUAAGAAUCAUUUUUUGUUUGUAACUGUUCGCAUCAAUGUUUUUGUGAUCGCCUUUACUUUGAAAGCAAACCUCCGCUCUUCGGGACCAGGCGCACAAGGAGCACUUUGUCUCCGAGGAAAGGGGUGUUGACAGGAGAAAGCGGGGUGGUGGAGGGAACCUGAAUUGGACCUGUCCCGUCCACUUGCGCCGUAGCAGCACCGGGAGGACGUGCGCCGAGGGCCCGAGGGAGAGCAGUGACGGACGCACAUGCGCACCUGUUUUGGGGAUUCGGGGAUGCGUUGGGGGCACCGGGUGGGGACGGGGCCCGCAUGACUCCUCACAAUCCGCGGGCUGUGUUGACGGUGGGGAUGCACCGAGGAGAGCGCGGCAGCUUCCCGCACGGCUCGACACAUUGCACCGCAGUCCCGCAACCGAGCGCGCGCCGCCGCUGCCGCUGCUGCGGGCUCGGACGCGUCUCCAGCAUCGCACCCUCGCCAAGACGAGCCCAGAUUCCCUGACCGAUGCUCGGGGCAGGCACGCGGGCAAGAGCCUACCUCCAUUCCUAGCAGACAAUUACAGUCCACCCCCCCGUGCGGGAUGAGGGGGAUCUUCGCGCGGCAGCUCUGAACCGACGCUUCCUUCGACGCUGAAGAGACGAGAGUGAGGAGGGGGAUAAAAGAUGUUGGCGCGAUGCUACCGGGGCAAGCUGUCCGUGUGGGCCGCGCUGUGCGUCCUGGUGCUGUGCUGGUUCUACAUCUUCCCCGUCUACAGGCUUCCCCGGGAUAAAGACAUAGUGGAGGAGGUGCUGAGGCAGGGGGACGCAUGGCAGAAGAACCAGACGGGCAUCGAUCUGUACAGGAAGCUGCUGACCGACUGCUGCGAUCCGAGGAGGAUGUUUGCGGUGACCAAGGAGAACUCGCCCAUGGGCAAGGUGCUGUGGUACGACGGCGAGUUCUACCACUCUCGCACCGUCACCAACGACACCUACCCGCUCUUUGUGCAGGACAACCCUCUGCAGCUGCCCCUGAAGCGGUGCGCGGUGGUGGGCAACAGCGGCAUCCUUCGCCACAGCCAGUGUGGACAUGACAUUGACCAGGCUGACUUUAUCAUGCGGUGUAACCUUCCGCCGCUUUCAAAGGAAUACGUAGAGGACGUGGGGACGAGAUCACAUCUGGUCACAGCCAACCCCAGCAUCAUCGAGAAAAGAUUUCAGAACCUCCUGUGGUCCAGGAAAGCCUUCGUGGACAGCAUGAAGGCGUACGGCUCCAGCUACAUCUACAUGCCCGCCUUCUCCAUGAAGCCCGGCACCGAGCCCUCGCUGCGGGCGUACUACGCGCUGGCCGACGCCUCGUCCAACCUCACCAUGCUCUUCGCCAACCCCGACUUCCUGGCCACGGUGGGCAAGUUCUGGAAGGCCCGCGGCGUGCACGCCCGGCGCCUCUCCACGGGGCUCUUCCUGGUCAGCCUGGCCCUGGGGCUGUGCGAGGAGGUGACGGCCUACGGCUUCUGGCCGUUCUCCGUGGGCCUGGACGAGCGGCCCGUGAGCCACCACUACUACGACAACAUCCUGCCCUACAAGUGGUUCCACGCCAUGCCCGAGGAGUUCGUCCAGCUGUGGCACCUGCACAAAAGCGGCACGCUGCGCAUGAGGCUGGGCCACUGCCCCCCGCGGAGCGGGGGGAGCUAGGAGCCAGCGGAGCGGGAGCCGUCGAGGCUCACUCGGUCGCAGCAAGCAGAGGACGACGGCGGGUUUGGAGCGGCGCAGGACGCUGAGGUCGUGGUGUGUUUCCUCCGAGGAAGCGCUGCACCCCAGCAGCCUCCCUCUGCUCGUCCCUAACCAUGAGAAUGUUCUGCACCAUCAGGGACUGAAUACACGCUGCUUGCACACACACACACACACACACACACACACACACAGAAACGCACAUUCCCACACCUGCCAUGUCCAUCCCUCAUUUCUGAAA